AUGAAAAGAAGUCGUCAAACUUUCUUAAAAUUUGCAGAACAUUUAAGUGAUCGAAGUGAUUCUGCAAAUGAAACGGUCGAAAUGGACGAUAGUGACAAAGAUAAAGACUAUACACCUGUGCAAGAAGUGGAAAGUGAAAGUGACAGCGAAAUUUACGAAAGUGAUCAACCCUCAACCUCAAAAUCUAAACUAAAAGGAGAGAAAAAAUCAAAACGUUCCAAAAUCGUUAAAACAAUUGAGACCAAGCAGAGCCACAUAAUAGAAACUAAAUUAUUAAGUCAAUCAGGUUCAAAAUAUUUGCAACAUUUUACUGUUACUUUAUUGCCAAACAACGCUAAAGUAGCAUCAUGUAAUUUAUGCAAAAAAAUGAAUAUUAAAACCGAUAAUAUAAAAAUGAGCCAAUCAAAUACCUCUGGACUAAAAUGGCACUUAAAGAAGAAGCAUCAACAAGAAUUCUCUUCACUUUUCCCAUCGAAGUCAAAAGUUUUGUCUGUAGGAUCUGUUCAACCGACUUUGGAUAACGUAUUUAAAUCCAAAACUAAAAUAGUUUCUUCUGUGAAAGACGAAGACAUCGUCGAGUGGGUAUGUUUAAAAUAUCUACCAUUUAGCUUUUUUGACGAUGAGCAUACCCAAACUUUCUUUAAAAAAUUAAAUCCCACUGCAGUGCUCCCAAAACGAACAGCACUAAGAAAAAAGAAGUAUCAGUUGCUCGAAGUGAAGAUCAGACAAUGCAUGUCUCCUUGGAGUAUUAACGAUCUCUGCAAAAGAAACACUAUUGAACUUAAAAAAUAA